AUGUUAGCAGGUGACAUGGUGAAGUAAGAUUAUUUUACAUCUGGAUAUUUAGGUUAUAUAAAUUUUGCUUUUUUUAUGGGUUGCCCAUUUCUUGGUAUAAUGAUUGCUUAUUUUAGUUUAGGACAAUUUGGAGACAGAAUGAACUUGAGAAUAUUUAUUCUAUCAGGAUCUUUUAUUACAAGUGUUAUUACAAGUGCAAUUUUCACAAUAUUUGGUGUAAUGAUUGAGAUUCAAAAAAAAAUGAUUUGUACCUAAUAUUUUAUAAUUAAAAAUGGUAUCUCAUAAUCAACAGCUUGGUUUGAAUUAUUAGGUUAUAGAUAAAAAAAUAAUACUUUGCACCACCUGAUAUUGGAGAUAUAUUUGGAGAUAUUUAUGCAGAUUCUUUGGUUGGAAGAGAUCAUUUACCUUUAUAUGCUCGAGUAUAUUUAGCAGCUGUCUCUUUAUUUAUAAUUAAUCUUAUAAAAGCCUUCUUCUUGUUAAGGGCUUCUUCUGCAGAUAUUAAAAAAUAAAUGAUUGAGGAAUAUGAAAAAAAUAAGAUAAAUUAACUUAAAUUGAAUGACUAGUAGUUAACAAUAGCACUGAUUGAAUAACAAUUUGAACCUAAUUUAAAUACACCAAAAGAAGAAAACAAGAAAGAAGUUGUAAAUUAAUAGUAGCCAUCUUUAAAUCAAACUGUGUACAAGCACCAACCAUCAUUAAAUAUCUAUUAAUAAUAAGAAUAAUUAAAUUAUUUAACUACCUGA